GUGAUGUAACAUGAUCACGACAUGCUUUGAGAGGAUGGCUCGUCUCUAAUUACCCUAAUUCCUAUAAAUGGUUCCUCCUGUACUCCCUUCUUAUUUCUCAUCAAAGCAUGAAUCAUCAUCGCUCCCUUGAUCUCAACCUCGAUGCUGUGGCUAUCGAUCCAUUUUCGAUCAACUCUCGAGAAGCACUCGCCACAAAAUUUGGAGAUGAAGACGAUCAGGAAUUGCAGUUAAAGGAAAAGACAGAAGAUUCUUCCAUAUUUGAGGUUCUCCGAGCUGAGCUUGCUCGCAUUACCAUGGAGAACAAGAAGCUUAACGCGAUGCUAGAAUCCAUCACUUGCGACUAUGCCAAUCUUUCAAACAAGAUGAUCGAUCUCGCGAUGAGGAAGAGCAAGAUUCUAGGUACUCUUGGCCAUUCUAAUUGUGUGUCUAGCGAAGAAGAUUUAUGCAAGAUUGUAACAAAAGAGACUAGCACUAAUGCUUGCAAGGUUCAAAUUUGCGUCGACUCAAACUUGGUUGUUAGAGACGGUUAUCAAUGGAGGAAAUACGGUCAAAAGGUGACAAAAGAUAAUCCUAAUCCGAGGGCUUACUUCAAAUGUUCGAUGGCUCCCUCUUGCCCGGUUAAAAAGAAGGUGCAAAGGAGUGUAAAGGAUGCAACAAUCUUAGUGGCGACCUAUGAAGGCAAGCAUAACCACAAUCCACUUUCUCAACUCGACGAUAACAAUAACAACGAUAACAAUAAUCGCGAUGACAAUGCAACUAUAUUAUAUGAUCGCAAGCCAUCAGAAUCAUUGUUGGAGGAGGAGGAACCAUUGAUCCGGCUAAAUAGUAAUAAUUUAGUUGGGGAAAUGGCUCGAACAUUGAGCAAAGAUCCAUCUUUUACAGCCGCUUUGGCUAAUGCUAUCUCUGGUAGAAUAAUGCAACUACAAUCUACGACUCGAUAAACUUCUUUUAGAAAGAAGAAGAAGAAUUAGUUGUGUCGUUUGCAUAUCAUUUGUAAGAACCUUAUCGGCUAUCUAUCGCGAUUGCAAAGUGGGCAAGUUGUCGAAUUGUUCUUCGAUGAGCUUUGCAUAUCAUUUGUAAGAACUUUAUCGUCUAUCUAUCGCGAUUGCAAAGUGGGCAAGUUGUCCAAUUGUUCUUCAAUGAGCUUCACUUCUUUAUUCGACGAUCUAUGAAAAUUAAGAAACAAGUGAGUUAUCA